AUGGCGCACAACCGCGAGUCGGUGGUCUUCAACCCGUCUUCCCCGCGAUCUUCUGUUGGAGGAGCCGAGUCCUUUAAGGGAACUCCAGACACGAGACUCACGGCUUUCUCUCCAGAAGAGGGCUCAGCGAGAUCGUCUCGUCUCCUCAAGUCCCUCGGACAAGACUCCCCAGACACCACGCCGUCUAGGUUUCAUUCCAUCGCCUUUGGUGGGGCAAUUUCCAAUGCUGACAAGGACCCGUUCAUUACUACCACGUCGAAUGUUGCUCUUCAGAAGCUUUCGCCGACGGCCUCAGCUUUUCAGCCUUUUGUCGGCCCCGUUGCGACUCCCGAUCAUGUCAGGCGCAGGAACCGCAAUUUGUUCUCGCCUAGCCAAAAGGAAGAGGGCGAACUGUCACAGUACCUCAGUAUUUGGUCGUCUAGUCGGACUCUGAACGGAGCUGAUCUUAUGUCGUGUUUCACGAAGCUCCAACGCUUGGGUCUCUUAGUUCAAGAGCCAAGGCAGAUCCAUCAUCGGAGUGGGAGGGCUAUCGUCCAUUUCGAUGAUAUACGUGAUUCUGUUUUGAUUCACGACAAUCUGCACCGCGUCCAGGCAGACCUCGAGGUGGAGUACAUGUCUGAAGCUCAUUUUUCCGAGCACGCCGGACAUACCCCUAUGAAGUGUGGCUCGUGGGUAUCGAUCCUGGCCAUUGCCACACCUUUGGGAGUCCUUGACAUAUCCCGCCUUGAAGCAGUUGUCAAGCGUCAUCUACAAGCAAAGGGCCAUCUCUUGGCCUAUCACACGCAACAAGUACACGACGAGGACACUUACAAGGCUGUUGCAGAGUUCAGCGAUGCGUCAGGAGCCUUGUCUGCGGUCGUCUCGCUCGACAACAGAAUCAUCGAGGGAGCCCACAUCAGUCUGUCUUCCAUUGACACUGGCGAUGAAUUUCAGACAACACACGAGGAGCAUGGUGGCUCCGUCGAAGCUUCUGGCCCCCUCCUUCCUAGCCAGGACCUGACAAACGCCUUCCAGGCUUUGGCUAUGUCUAAGAACCCGACGCAGAUAGGUAUGUCGCCACAUGGGACAAGUAUGAUGGGACCAGGCUCCGCGUACCCUCCUUUCGGAAUCCAGGUCCCCCCAUUUGCGAUGUGGCCGAUUCUGUGCCAGCCGCAGUUCCAACCGGGAAUGGGAUAUCUCCUCGAUGGUGGUUCUCGCUUGUCAUUGCCGCCAGCUACGUCGAGUCCUGCUGGAUACCAGUUUGUUAGUCCGCUCUUCUCGCCUCAAGCACGAGGUCUGUCUACGGCUGGAUCGAUGUCAUGCAGCCCAAAACCCGAGCCUCGAAGACAGAACGCCUCCCGUGUUAACAGGUCCCCGUACUACAACGUUACAAGCCAUCACAACCAUGUCGACGUCAAUCGCAUCCGCGAAGGAACGGACGUCCGCACAACUAUCAUGCUUCGUAAUAUUCCCAACAAGGUUGAUCAGGCCAUGCUCAAGCGGAUCGUAGACGAGUCCAGCUGGGGAAAGUACGAUUUCAUGUAUCUGAGGAUCGACUUUGCGAAUGACUGCAACGUCGGAUAUGCGUUCAUCAACUUCGUAGACCCGCUGGACAUCGUCGAUUUUGUCAACACAAGGGGCAACCAGAGAUGGAACUGUUUCAAAAGCGACAAGGUCGCUGAGAUCUCCUACGCCACCAUCCAAGGCAAGGAUUGCUUGGUUCAAAAAUUCAGAAACAGCUCUGUCAUGCUUGAAGCAGCGCACUACCGUCCCAAGCUGUUUUACACAUCCAACGGUCCCAUCCCGGAGCUUGCUGGAGAGGAAGAACCCUUUCCCCAGCCAGACAAUCAGUCCAAGAUGAAGCGAAGUUGCGAGAAUGCAGAGCACGUCGGUCUUUUCACGCCCAACGCUGGCCAGCAUUUCCGUGACGAGCAACGCCGUAGACGCUCGCAGUACGACCGAGGAACAAGGCUGGCUGCCCUCGAGGAACACGACUUCGAGACCAAUAUGCAGUCAUACAUGUAUCACCAACAGUGA